AUGAUGGACAAUAAUCAUAACGGAGCUAGUGACGAUAGUUAUGAUUCGGAUCCUUUUGAUAACAUGGAUUUUCGGACAAUGUAAGUUAUUUCUUUCCUUCUAUUGCGCUCUUAGGAAUGUGAAUAAUGAAAGAAUGGAGCUACUAGAACAAAGGAGGAAAGUUUUAAACGGAACUGAUCCAAAAUUGCAAGUUGACAUUAGCAAGAUCAAAGAGUUGUUGAACGAGAGGAAACUGAUUUUGAAUGAUCAGAUGGAGGUAAGGUGAAGAAGACAGUUUGAGUAAAAGAGUUUCUGGUAUUUUAUAAAUGUUUUUUGUAUAAUAGAACACAAAAAUGUUUGAUAUUUUACUUUUGUUAGGCGGAAACUAAAUGGAUAGUGGAAAAGUCAAAGAAAGAAAUGGAGAAGCUAGAGAAUGACGAAACGAAUGAGUUGACAAAUGUGAUAACAAAGUUAACAGACGAUCUAGACGAGCUAAAGAGUAAUAUACAGGAUCAGGUUAAUAAAAUGGAUCUGUUUGAUCGGAAAGGACUUUCUUUGUUUGACUUGAUAGAUCAGGAAAUAGACUUGGACGAUAAACUUAGUGGCAGUAGCUCGUAAGUCGAAUUUUUGAUAAAUUUAUAAAUUUUUUAGGCAAGACAAUCCAUUGGCAAUGUUAGAAAAGCGCUCUGUUAUGCCUGGAAGGUUAAUAUCAGAUGCAGCUAUCAAGGAAGACUUAGUUCAUCUGAAUCAGAGUUUUGUAACGACAGAAGUUGAUGCUGUAGAGGCGCCUAAAAUAAUGCGACCGAGACACAAGGUUGUGAUGGAUAAGGCUAGGUUAAUAUACGAUGGGAAAACGUAAGUUUUGUAUUAAUAUUUUCAUUGAAUUCUGUUUUAAUUUUGUUGUGUAUUAUAGUAAAUUUUAUGCUAUCAUUAUUGCUUUUAUGCUUCAUAAGAGGUGUUCAAUUUAAAAAACUUUAAUUAUUUCUUUUGCUUUGCAGAUUUUACCGUGGUCAAAAGUUGUUCGUCCAAACUAUGAAUUACACUAGAUUUCCGGCUAUUGUAUAUGCUUUGGCAGAUGAAUAUGUGCACAUACGAUCACGUACUCCAGGAGAUACUAGAGAAGUAUUUGCUACAAUCGACGAUCUCAGAGCUGGGCGGGUAAGAAUCGGCCGUAAAGUAGUUACGCCGUCGUAG